AUGAAAAAGAUCUCCUUCUCCCCCUCACUCAGUCUGGUGUGUGGAGAUGUGGAGGGUCACUUCAAGCAACUGUUUACCAGAGUCCAGAGCAUCCUCUCCAAGAACAAAGACUUUGAGCUGCUGUUGUGUGUUGGAUCUUUCUUUAGCUCUGACUGCCAGGAGGAGUGGAGCAAGUAUCGGGAGGGGGUGGAAACAGUGCCUCUACCGACGUUCAUCCUUGGCCCGUGUUGGACUGAGCAUGGCCAGUUCUAUGGAGACUUGUCACGUGAUGGAGGAGAGCUUUGCCCCAAUGUCACAUGUCUAGGUCAACAUGGAGUGUACAGUGCGUCCAGUGGUCUGAGGGUGGCCUAUCUCAGUGGGAGCUACCAGGGGAGGACCUAUCAGCAUCAAGACAAGGGAGAUAAUAUAUUGGUCAGUUCUCUUCUCAAUCACCUGGAGAAGUUGUUGAACUAGUUUUUGUUUCUCCCUCUAGCGACCAUAUUUCACUGACUCUGAUGUGUCCUGGCUGGAGGGUCAGUGCAGUGGAGAGGGCUACCGUGGAGUGGACAUUCUCCUCACCUCUGAUUGGCCCGGGGCAGUGGACAAGUUCACAGUGGCUCCUGUGAGACCUAGCUCCCAGUUAUUGUAGGAUGGACCAGUACCUUAAUAAUACCUUAUGCUCAUGCAGGACGGACUGGACCUGAGUGCAGUGGGGGCAAAGCCUCUGAGUAAACUGGCCAUGUGUCUCAAGCCACGCUACCAUUUUGCAGCUCUACACCAAACCUUCUAUGAGAGAAUACCGUACAGGUACAGUACGUCCAUCCCUGUAAUAUUAGAGUA